GAAAAAAAGGUACAAAGAUAUUUGUACAAACGUGUUAAAUUCCGCGUCCUGGUUUCUCUGCUGCUGAGAACCAAUAGCCUUUAAGCUAAUGCUUUGCUCGCUGAGCGCCAGUUUUAGCUGCUUGACCUUAACGCGAGCUUCAACCUAGCUAAUGCUAGUUACCAGGAGGCAGCGUGGACACGCUCGACUUAAUGUCUCAACAUGAAGAAGGUGUUUACUGCAGAACAGAUUUCGGGGUGGUUCACCGUCGGGGCCCCGAUUGGCACCGUUAAAGUCGCUGAAGAAGUACUGAAACAAAAGUCAGACGAGCCACCUUCGACAGAGAGCAGCCUGUCAGAGUCUCCAAAUGGGGGCAGCCUGAAGAAUCUACCAUCUGAUGCAGGGUGUAGGGAUGAACCAGUAUCUGUGCAGAAAUCCUCCUGUAGUUCAUCUCCCGCGCCUCCGCCACUCAGCAGCUACAAGUACCCCAGCUUGCCCAUCACCAAAUACAGGCAGGAGCUAAUUUCCCUCAUAAACCACAACUCGGUAGUGAUCGUCCGAGGAGCCACGGGCAGUGGCAAGACCACGCAGCUGCCACAGUACAUUCUUGACCACUACACCAUGAAAAAUGCCUCCUGCAACAUUGUGGUCACUCAGCCACGUAAAAUUGGAGCCACCAGUAUUGCCCGAUGGGUUGCUACCCAGCGAAAAUGCACCCUGGGUAGUCUGGUAGGAUACCAGGUUGGGCUGGAGAAGAUGGCUACUGAGCACACACGACUCAUCUACAUGACUACAGGAGUGCUGCUGCAGAAACUGGUUAUAGCCAAGUGCCUCACAGAGUUCUCCCACGUCUUUGUCGACGAGGUUCAUGAACGCACAGAGGAGAUGGACUUUCUCCUGCUGGUUUUGAGAAAACUCCUACAUUCCAACUCCCGUUAUGUAAAGAUUAUACUAAUGUCUGCCACCAUAAAUUGCAAGGAGUUUGCUGAAUACUUUGCCACACCAAUUCAGGGCAAAAUGAACCCAGCCUAUGUGUUUAAAGUAGAUGGAGCACCCUAUGCUAUUGAGGAGUUUUAUCUGGAUGACCUCCUAAACCUGUUUCCACUCAGAGUUGACUCACCUCAUUCAGAUGACCCACACAUUUCAGAAGGGUUGUACAAUUUUGCCAUUAAUCUGAUUCAAAGCUUUGAUGAGAUGGAGGUCAAAGAUUCCAGCAAAGCUAAGGAACAAGGUGGGAUGAAUUUGUCAGAAAAAGGAAGCGUGUUGGUUUUCCUCCCUGGUUUACACGAGAUAACCUACAUGAAGGAAGCCUUGACCAAGCUGAGCCAUAAAAGGCUGCAGGUUUAUUCUCUUCACUCUUCUGUGACUCUGGAGGAGCAGAACGGUGUAUUUCUGCCCCCUGUCCCUGGACACAGGAAGGUCAUCCUUUCCACCAAUAUUGCAGAGAGUUCUGUGACUGUUCCAGAUGUUAAAUAUGUAAUUGACUUCUGCCUUGCCCGUCGCUUGGUUUGUGACCAACAAACAAACUAUCAGUCUCUGUGUCUUACCUGGGCAUCCAAAACUAACUGCAACCAGCGCAGAGGCAGGGCAGGUCGCGUCUCCAAGGGGUACUGUUACCGACUUGUCACUAGGGAGUUCUGGAGAAAUCAGAUUCCAGAUUUCAUGACUCCUGAGAUACUGCUCUCCCCAUUAACCUCCAUCAUGCUCAAGGUCAAGCUGCUGGACAUGGGAGAUCCCCGCUCUGUUCUCUCCACAGCUAUCUCACCCCCAAACCUUGAUGACAUUGUGAAGACAGUCCUUCAACUCAAAGAGAUGGGUGCACUUUCUGCAAAAUGUGAUGAUGGGGGUCAAAAUGAGGAUGGUGAGCUAACGUUCCUGGGUCGAGUACUGGCCCACUUGCCUGUGGACCUGUACCUUGGGAAAAUGAUAGUCCUGGGCCAUGUGUUUGGCUGCCUGGAGGAGUGCCUCAUCAUAGCUGCCUCACACUCACUGAAGAGUUUUUUUGCCAUACCAUCCAUGCAAGUGCAUGCUGGCCAAAGGAGCAAGUUGGCCUUUUCCCAAGACACACAGAGUGAUUCCAUAGCGUUUGUCAAUGCUUUUAAGGCGUGGACCUCUUGCAAAAAGAAAGGGCAGCUGAGACACCCAAAGGAUGAGCUGGAAUGGGGAAAAGAGAACUUCAUUCAAAUCAAGAGGAUCAGGGAGGUCGCAGAAUUGUAUGAGGACCUGAAAAAGCGUGUGGCCCAGUUCAACAUGCAUGUGCCAGACGCUCAGCCAUCGGACUACACCAACAGCCACAGGCAGAAGUUCAUUCUCCAGAUCGUCAUUGCUGGUGCCUACUAUUCCAACUACUUCUUGCAAGGGGAAAUGGACGAAAAAAUGGCUUACAGAGAACUAAAUGGCUUUAACCCUAGAACAACUGUGAUGGUGAGGAACCUCCCCCCAUACAGUUUCCUGUACUACAAGCAGCUGCAGUCUCUGUUUCGCCUGUGUGGACAGGUGAAAACCAUUUCCUUCGAGAACUCCAGAGCAUAUGUGGAGUUCUACAGGACAUCACAAGACUCAGGGGUGCUGCCUGAGGUGUACAUUUCCCUCCUCCUCCCUCAGCCUUCCAUGAAACUGUCUGUCUACCCCAUUGAACAAAUAGAAAGACAUGCCGGAAACAGAAACAUAUCUCACAUGAAGUACACAAGGGUAAAUGUGGACUUCCAGACCCAUUCUGUCUGCCCAGUGGGAGUGGUAAGCAGUACGAUUGACCCAGAGAAGCUACCUCCCAACCCCAUGUUUAAUGUGAACAUCACAGAGGUGGUAGAGGUUGGCCAUUUCUGGGGAUUCCAGGCAGAUGAAUCCAGUUUAGAGAAGCAGAGCCACCUGACAGCAGAGAUUAACAAGCGUCAGCUGUGUCCUUUAACUGUGUCACUCUACCCCAACUUACUGUGUCUGGCUCCUUAUUCUGAGGCCCAGGAGCAGGGCCUGUACUAUCGCGCCAAGAUCCUGCACAUACACGGCCACAAAGUGGAGGUGUUCUUCUUGGACUUUGGUAACACUGCAUUUGUGGCCUGCAGCAGCCUCAGAGAGCUCCCUCCUGAUCUUCUGUCUCACCCUUUCCAGGCUCAGGAGUUCCAGGUUAUUGAAAUGUGUCCAUCGCCCAGAUCAAUUAUUCUGGGAAACCAAUGGAGCAGUCGAGCUCGCGACCGCUUCAUCGCCCUGGUGAGCAACCAUUCAGUCCUAGUGUCACUGUACUCCAUCCUUCAUGGCAUAAUGCGUGUGCAGCUAUUCGUCAACAUGGUGACAAUGGACAAAAACAUGGUUGACAUCUUGGUGGAGGAAGGGCAUGCAAUCAAGACAGAAGAGACCUUUGACUCGAGGCAAAACCACGAAGCACUGAUGUCUCUGUACAAGGACUUGGAAACGGGCACAUAUGUCCCAAAUUCUGCCAGCAGCUCCUGGAAGGAUCGCAAGAAAGAAGAGAAGGAGAUCAUUGACAGCCUACUUGCCCACUUUUCCAAGAGCCACCAGUCCUAUUCCAGAACAAAUGUUUGUCUGCAUGGGCCAGUCAGUCCUCACAAAAUACAUUUCCACAGUUUGAGCCACAAAACCUCCUACAAGACUGUGACUAUAGAGAAGAGCAGCAUCAACUCACAGGCCCUGAAUGAAAACCCUCACUACAAACAUCAGAGGAUGCUGGUGGCUGGGACUGUGACUCUCAGCUCCACAGGUACAUUUCUUCGUCUUGGGUGUACCUCCCUCAUGCCAGACAUCCCUGGACUGCCUGCACUCGUUACCAUGCUCUUCACACCGAUCUUGGAGUUACGUACGGAUGAAGCAAGGACCUUCUACAGUGGUGCCCUCUGUGGCUUGGGAUGGAACAGUCAAACGCAAGAGGGCAUCCUACCUGAGCGGGACAUUGAACUGGCCUUCGAUGUCAAAUUUGAUGUUGAGGACAUCACUGAGAUAAAUGGUCUGCGAGUGGCUAUGAACCAUCUGGUGUCUGAAGGGCCCUGUGGCACUCUUCAUCUGGGGCCUCAUAAGAUCAGCCGCCUGCAGGAAGACUGUCGUGACCGCCUCAUAAGAUUGUUCAUGAAGACAAGAGAAGCCGUCGCUCCAGUGUACUAUGAGAAACCAGAGAAAUGGAACCAGGUGGAUCCCUCUCUGAAGCUGGAUAUUGUGGACCCUGGCAGUAAAAAAACAAGAGGUCUUCUCUUCCGUCUACAUCCAGUCACACUCCUGAACAGUUGAAGCCCCACUGUAUUAGUUGUCCUUAUGUUACACUGGUUACGAUGUUGCAGCCGGCAGUGGCCUGGAAGUCUUCCUUUUAUUCUAAGGAUUAUUUUUUUCAAGUUCAAUUGAAACCAACUACAAAUUCCUCAGUAGUAGAUUUGUUUUCCCCAGUUUAAAAAAAGUGGUUGUUAAUAUAAUUUUAAGUUAAUUUGGUUUUUAUUCAUGUACCAGUGCUUCAGCAGUGGGUCAUUAAAAAUAGUUUGCAACAGA